AUGUCUGAUAUCCAAGCUCUUAAGACAGUGCCAAAAACAAAACCUAACUCCCCCCCCCCCUCCGUGAGCGAACAAAAAAAAUUUUGUUCGCUCACGGAGGGGGGUUAAUUUUUUUUUUUAAAAAAAAAUUUAUAUAUAAAUUUGCAAAAAUUGGGAAGCAAAUAUUAAUUUAAUUUGCAAAAUUUAUGUUUUAAAACGCAAUUUGUUUAAAAUUAAACAGAAUUAGCUCUAGAUUUCAUUAUACUAAUUAUCACUUAUAUAUCAAAAUUUUUUUCCAUUAAAAUUUUUUCUAUUAAAAAAAUUUUUGUUCACUCACGGAGGGUGGGUUUUUGGUCAAAAAAUGGCGAUUUUUCUAAUGGUUUUGUUCGCUCACGGAGGGGGGGGGGGGAGUAGUAAGAAGAAAAAAAAGGCAAAGAAGAGGUCUCCAAUUAAGUAUAGUCGUGAUACAAUCCUUAAUUAUUUUCAAAUUUCUUAUCCUCCAAAAUUCGAAGAGGUAAAAAGUUUAGAUACUGUGACUACUCAAGAAUGCAAUCUACCUAUAUUAAAACCGACAGCAGAAAAUCUUACUGAAACAAUCCCUGAAAGGCACAUUUCAAAAGAAAGAAAAAACUCAAGUGCUGCUCCACAAAAUAACCCAAACACAAAUAAAAAUGCCAGAUCCCAACAGCGUAAAGAAACAGCUAAAGGCAAAAAAUCAAAAAAGCCGACACUUGUAGGCCAAAAGAUCAAUAUAGAUGAUAUGUUUAAUCAGUUUAAAGAGCCGAAUACAAAAAGCAAUGAAAAUGAUCCUGAAAGUCAAAAUGAAGAAUUAGUUUUCCAUGACAGCCGCAUGGAUAACUUUAUAAGGGUAAAUUUUCAGGUCCCUGCAUCAUCCAUUAUAGUGUAUCCAAAAGACUUGCUAGAAAAAAAGGUUAAGGAAGGAAAUCCAUUCGCUAAAAUCAUCCAUGAGAACAGUAUAGAAAGCCGCAAUGGCCAAAUGGAGCCUACUGAAAAUUCAAAAGCAUUUGAAAGUAUAUGAUUUUAUAAGGAUUCUUCGAAUGAAAUACAAGGACCAUUUAAUUCAUAUGAAAUGCUUAAUUGGACUAUUGCUGGGUAUUUUGAUGGGAAUUCGUCAAUUUCGUGUAUGUGUGUGGAUAAUUUUUCUAAUCUAUUGUGGUAUAAAGCGCAGCAGGGACCCAGGCAAUAUCUUCAAUAA